AUGGGAUAUGGGAGAAUUGUAGAGUUGCUGCUCUCCAAGGGCGCCAAAGCGGAAGGAAUUGGUAUCUGGAUAGAUGAUUGUCCAUGGCACAUGACACCACUAGGAUGGGCAGCUAGGAUGGGACAUUUGAGUAUCGUUGAAGUUUUGCUUCAUGAUGGUGCCAAGAUCGAUGGAAACAGCACAGACCCAAAUCACAAAGAAAAAGAACUCAAUGACUUUGCUAUGACACCACUAUUAUGGGCGGCCAAGAGGGGACAUGAGUCUGUGGUUGAACUGUUCUUGAUGAAAGGUGCCGAUAUUGAGGGAGAGAUCUCCAAUUGGUUGAUCCAGGUCAAAAAAGACCAGACACCUAACCCAACAUCACCACUCUCAUGGGCGGCAAAUUCAGGACAUGCAGCUAUCGUUGUGUUACUGCUUCAGAAAGGUGCAGACAUCGAGGGAGGGAUCACUCAGGCAGGAGAUGACUGGAAUUUGACACCACUAGCAUUGGCGGCUCGUCGUCGGCAUUCAACAAUUGUCAAUGUUUUGCUUCGCUGGGGCGCUGAUAAAGAAUGUAUUAAUAAGUCGCGUCGUGAAGAGGCGGAGCGAAAAGAAUUAAUGGCACGCUGA